ACAAUACUGUGGUUUGGACACCUUUCCUCAUCUUUAAAUGAAAUUGGAUCCUGAUUGAGUCAAUCGUUUACAUUAUUGUUCAGUGUUCUCGUAAAGCGGAGCUAUGCCCACUGUUGAAAGUGAAGCCAAAAUGAAAACCAAAGUUCGCUUUGAGGAAUUGCUUAAGUCUCACGGUGAUCUAAUAUAUGAAAAGAAAAAGCUGAAGAAAAAAGAAAAAUCUGGAGAAAAAAUAUCAUUUGAUACCUUUCAAAGCAAUCUUCAGAAUAUUAAAGAAGCUAAAAGUGAUGACUUUCAUGCUCCUGACUCUAAUAAUGAAAAGAGCACACGAAUCACUAAAAAUAAACUAAAAAGCAAACAAUUAACAGCUGAAAGCCAAGAUGAUGAUGUUAGUGCAGAAGACAAGCAAGAAAAGAGGAAUAAAAAGGUUAUCAAAACAGUGUUUCAGAUGAGUGCACAAGAAAUGGAACUGGAGAUGUCUGAGAAGAAAGUGGAUUCCACACAUCAGAAAACACGAACAAAAUCACAGCCAGAUGUUGCUCAACAGAAAAGUGAGAAUGCAAAUGAAGAAAGGGAAAAUAAUUUAGAUGAAGAAGAAGAAAUGCUGCAAUUGUACCAGCUCAAAGUAGCUGAAGAAAUGGCAAAGGAGAUUAAGAAGAAAAUAAGAAAGAAACUCAAAGAACAGUUGGCGUAUUUUCCCUCAGAUACUUCAUUGAAUGAUAAUAAGUUGAGCAAUGAAAAAAGGAAGAAGAAAAAGAAAAAGAAAAUUCCAGUCCUGUCUGAAGCUGAAACAAGUGCAUCACUCGUAUCUAAUGACACAGUUGAAGGUGAGCAAAAGAAACAAUCUGUCAUAGGAGUUAUUACUUCAGAAUCUCAUCAAGAAGAUGAAAUAAACUCAGUAGAACAGAGUGUUGAAGAGAGCAUGCAAGAUGACACAAGAUCCAAGCCAAAAAAGAAGAAAAAGAAGGCUAAAGCAGCUUUAGAUGCUAAUGAAGAUGCUGAUGGUGAUGGCUUUCAUGAAGAAAUGAGCCAAGAUAGUCCAGUUUCUCCUAAAUAUUCACUUGAUGAUGACCUUGUUCUCGGAGUUUAUAUUCAUCGAACAGAUCGGCUUAAGUCAGAUUUUUUGAUUUCUCAUCCAAUGGUAAAAAUUCAUGUGGUUGAUGUGAAUACAGGUCAAUAUGUCAAGAAAGAUGAAAGUGAACGGCCUGUUUCAUCUUACUAUGAAAAAGAGAGUGUGGAUUAUAUUCUUCCUAUUAUGACCCAGCCAUAUGAUUUUAAACAGUUGAAGUCAAGGCUUCCAGAGUGGGAAGAACAAAUUAUAUUUAAUGAAAACUUUACUUAUUUAAUUAGAGAUUCUGAUGAGAGCCCCAAAGUCAUCCUUUUCUUUGAGAUUCUUGAUUUCUUAAGCAUGGAUGAAAUUAGGAAUCACUCUGAGGUUAGAAACCAAGAAUGUGGCUUUCGGAAAAUUGCUUGGGCGUUUCUCAAGCUUCUAGGAGCCAAUGGAAAUGUAAACAUCAAUUCAAAACUCCGUUUGCAGCUGUUUUACCCACCUCCUAAGCCUAGAUCCCAAUCAAGUGUUGUUGAGGUUUUUGACUGGUGGUCAAAAUGUUCAAGAAAUCGUUACCCUUCAACACUGUAUGUAACAGUAAGAGGACUCAAAGUUCCAGAAUGUAUAAAACCAUCUUACCGGUCUAUGAUGGCUCUUCAGGAAGAAACAGGAAACUCAGGACACUGUGAACGUCUCCGUGAGUCAAAUUCAGUAGUCUUAGAACCUGGAUUAGAAGAUUCAAAGGAAGUAGUAGAGUGGAAGCGAUUGCCUGGACAGACUUGUCGUAUCCCCAACAAGCACCUUUUUUCACUAAAGGCAGGAGAACGAGGAUGUUUUUGUCUUGCAUUCUCCCACAAUGGAAGAAUAUUAGCAUCGGCCUGUGCCAGCCGGGAUGGAUAUCCAAUUAUUUUGUAUGAAAUACCUUCUGGACGUUUCAUGAGAGAAUUGUGUGGUCACCUCAAUAUCAUUUAUGAUCUUUGCUGGUCAAAAGAUGAUCGCUAUAUCCUUACUGCAUCAUCUGAUGGCACUGCCAGGAUAUGGAAAAAUGAAUUAAAUAAUAUAAAUACCUUCAGAGUUCUACCUCAUCCUUCUUUUGUUUACACGGCUAAAUUCCAUCCAGCUGUAAAAGACCUGAUAGUUACAGGAUGCUAUGAUUCUGUUAUACGGAUAUGGAAAGUUGAUGUAAAAGAGGAUCCUGCGAUACUGCUUCGACAAUUUGACACUCACAAGAGUUUCAUCAACUCACUCUGUUUUGAUAUUGAUGGUCAUCAUAUGUACUCAGGAGAUUGCACAGGAGUGAUUAUUGUUUGGAAUACCAAUGUCAAAGUUAAUGAUGUGCAGCAUUCAGUGCGUCACUGGACUAUAAAUAAGGAAAUUAAAGAAAGUGAAUUUAAGGGAAUUCCAAUAAAUUAUUUGGAGGUUCAUCCCAAUGGAAAACGCCUAUUAAUCCAUACCAAAGAUAGUACUUUGAGAAUUAUGGAUCUCAGACUAUUAGCAGCAAGAAAAUUUGUAGGUGCAGCAAACUACCGGGAGAAAAUUCACAGUACUCUGACACCAUGUGGGACUCUUCUGUUUUCUGGAAGUGAAGAUGGUAUAGUAUAUGUUUGGAAUCCAGAAACAGGAGAGCAAGUAGCCAUGUAUUCUGACUUGCCAGUCAAGUCACCCAUUCGUGACAUUUCCUAUCAUCCACUUGAAAAUAUGGUUGCAUUUUGUGCAUUUGGACAGAAUGAGCCUAUUCUUCUAUAUAUUUAUGAUUUCCAUGUUGCCCAGCAGGAGGCUGAAAUAUUCAAAUGCUACAGUGGAACGUUUCCAUUACCUUGUAUACACCAAAUGCAAGAUGCUCUGUGUACCUGUCCUAAACUGCCUCAUCAAGGCUUUUCUCCAGUAGAUGACUAUGCCCACACUGAAAAUUCUUCACUGAAGAUGCAGCAAGUGAAACAGACACUUGAUUCUGUCACGGUCAACAGAAAUCCCUCGUUUACUUCAACAUCAGCCUUCUCACAACACUCUAAAUUAAAACAGUCAAACAUGCUGGCAUCUCAUCAGAUUAUACAUCAUUUCGGUUUCACUCAGACUGGGAAUAUCAGCACGCAGAGAAGAUCUUGUAACUCUCAUAUAGAUACAGCACCGACGGUAGUGGCUCUUUAUGACUACACAGCAAAUCGAUCAGAUGAACUAACCAUCCAUCGCGGAGACAUUAUCCGAGUGUUUUUCAAAGAUAAUGAAGACUGGUGGUACGGCAGCAUAGGGAAGGGACAGGAAGGUUACUUUCCAGCUAAUCAUGUGGCUAGUGAAACACUAUAUCAAGAACUGCCUCCAGAGAUAAAGGAUCGAUCCUCACUUUCAACACCCAAGACAAAAAACAAAAUAGAAAAAGCUUUCUUAGCUUCUCCAAAGUCAGUCAUCAAGGCCAAGUCCCAGGAUUCCAGACUGGGUACCGAGUCUGUGAAGUAUUCUGAAGUGAGCAAAAAACAGAGCUGUGAGCACCAUGACAAGCAGGUGAAGAAGAAUGAGCAAAACAGCCGAAAGAUUACCCUAAUAGAGUAAAGAAUUGUAAAAA